GUUGGAGGGCAGCAACUGCCUGGCUCUUCCGGGGAAGAAACCGAGUCAGGCUGUGAGGCAGGUCAGCCUUGCUGGUUGCUGCAGCACUAGGAACCAGGGCCCUCCCCCUCACAUUUUGCAGAUGAGACAUAAAUGGAUACAGAUGACUUGUAAUGGGCAUUUCCUGUGCCAGGUGUUGCAUCAAUGCCAUUUUGUACAAUUUGAGCCUGAUCAAGCCUCAGGUGCACUUAGGUGCGAUUCUCCUCAUUUUGCAAAUGAGGCACGGAGGCACCUGCCGUGUAUAUGGUGAAAGCUUGGUGUUUCAAGUUCUGACGACAUACUUGUUCAUAUUUGUUUCUCCUUGGGCAAGGUGUAUCCAUGGCACUGGGGAAUUUGCAUUUGGGUGGUGAGAAAUUGUAUCGUUCUCCAGACUGAUAAAUGCUGUAGAGAAAUGGAAGAGGUGGAAGGUUGGCUUAAAACAUUUAUUCUCAGGGUUUUCUGAGCUGAUGUGGUUGGUAGGACUCUCUUGAUAAAUGGCUGGGCAUGUGUUUUUUUAUUUACAAAGGGUUCCUUGGUGCUAGGAAUGUUCAGUUUGAAGGUUUCAGCGAGGAAAGGUAAGUCUAUUCCAUUAGGAAUAACAGAGGUUAUCUUAAACAUCUGAAAUGAAAAAAGUCCAUCCCAGGGUUCUAGCUAUCAUCCAAUGCAAUUUCUUUGCCUCUAAGACCCUUUUUCUGCCCUUUUCAUUCUUUCUUCCUCUGAUCCCAGGCAGGUUCUGUUUCCAGCCUGGGUUUCUUCUCCAGGAUUCUACAUUCCUGGUAGAAAAGUGAGUAGGGGUGCCCUACUUGCUCAAGUUCAAGGCCAUGUCAUCAGGUCAAAUCACUCCAGGUAUUUUAGUGCAUAUUUUGGUGGCCCAAGGAGACUCAGUUGCUGCUACUUUUCCACAAAAUGAAGAUAAACAGGGGAAAGGGGAAAAGAAAGAGCUCUGGGAAGAACCAAAAGUUCUGUGAAGUUACAUUCUUAACUCCUCAUCAGGGACAGGUCAAAUAAUAAUAGGGAAAAUGAGUGCUGAAAUUGUCCAGCAUUUCCAAUACCUUUAACCCCAAAUGGAAGGCAAUUAACGUCCUCACACUUGGGGCUUGUGGCCAGAGGCAUCUCACCCCUUCCUUGUCUCUCCUUAAGCAACCUCAGAUGAAGUGAACUUAGAUGCCGCCUAGUGACUGGUUUUUGUUUACUUUGGAAAGAGAUACUAAAAGAUCUGUUGCUUUUCCCCAUCUCUGCUUGUAUGCCAGGAGGUAGGAAGCAGGGCAGCUCUCCUCCGCUGUAAGCACUCUCAGGUGGCUAUUUGAACUCACCUUAGAUGAUGGUCUAAGGGAAGCUAGGAAGGCCCUCCCUGGACGCAUGCGCACAUGGGCAGGUGCAAUAUUUUAGGCAAUUCAUGACUCCCCGUAACUCACCCAAAGGUUGUGGGAAUCCAAAACCCUCAGGUUCAGAAGCCCUGAUGGUGAAGCUUUGUUGGGAAGCCCGGCACCCCAAGCAGGGAAGCGGAAAGGCCAAUUCCCUUUAUUUGAAAACACAAAGGAACAUCUCAAGAAUUCUCUCAUGUUAUACGGAGUUUUCCUUUCUUGAGACUGCAUCAAGGAACUUCGGGGAGUACAUCCCUCUCUUAAACCUGUGAUGCUCAGUGAAGAUAGGGGCUUCUUCCUUUGUGCCCCAUGGUAGGUGGUGGCUUAUCUCCGCACCUUGGGUAUUUAAUCCUUGUAUCAACUCCUCCCACAUUUAAUCUGGGUUGGACUUGCUACUUGAAACCAAUUGAAUGCAGCAGAAGUGAGGCUGUGCCAGCUCUGGGACCAACCCUCAGGAAGGCUUGGCAGUGUCUCUUAUCAUAAUCCCUAGAGCCCUGAGCUGCUCAGUAGGGAGUCCAGUUACAGGGUUCGGAGACCCAUGUGCGGAGACCGCGAGGCUGCCUGCAGAUGGAGGGCUCUACCUGCCCAGCAGCUGACCCCCAUCUCCUGCCACCAUCCUGCCCACUGGAACUUGCCAGAAGAGCAAGCACCCGGAUGCACCCAGGUAACCCACAGGCGGGAGAGAUUUUUUUUUUUUUUUUUAAGAUGGUUGUUGUAAACUGUAGAGUUCAGGGAGUUUUGUUACUAGGCAACAGAUUGAGACAGCUUUUAUCCUUAAAUGACCCUUUCUCAUUGUUAAGUAUAGAGAUGUGGACACUGGUGGAAAAACCAGGGAAAAAGUUUUAGGUCAGAGACACCAAUAUAGGUUUUUUAAAAUUAUAUUUUAUUAUUAAAGCAUAGUUGAUUUACAACGUUGUGCCGAUGACACCAAUAGAGUGUGAAGGGGCAGGACAGGAUGUAAAAUUUGAUCCAGGUUGGACCUCUUGGGGGGAGGCAGCCCUAGAGGCACAGACUCCUCUUUCCUCAAGCAGAUGCUGAUGAGGUAUCUGCACAGAUAUCAGCUAGUGACUGGUUUUUAAAACAUUACAUUUGUGUCAAUUUUUAAAAUUGGUUUUCCUUUGGAAACAAACACACACUCUUUCCUGCCCCAUCUGCCCUCUGAGAUGCUUUAGUGUGUCAGGAGGUAGGAAUCCAACCCUUUCAUGGGCUGAGAUGUCUUGAUUUGAUGCCAGCAUAGUCUACACAGCCUUGAGGGACUCAGAAAAAGAAGCCAGCCAGUGUUUUCUAGCCUACCUAGACACUACCUCCACCUCUAUUAAAGCUACCAGGGCAGAUCUGAUAAAUUACAAGUAAACUUGUAAACUUCUUAUACAAGCAGCUAUGAGAUAAUAGCACAAUGAAAUGAAUUCUUUUACUUACUGUUCUUACCUCAGAAGAUAAUUUCACCUUUAAUCUGAAUUGCACUGCGAAAGACUCUGGCUUCUUCUGUAACUUUGUGCUGAUGUCAAGAAAAGCACACACAAGAGCAGGGAAUUCAUUGAAAAUGGAGUGGGGGGGGGUGCCAUGAACCAAAAUAUAUCAUCGCCGUCUAACAUUCUGUCCACUUUGUUUGGCUUUUAAUACUCAGAACAGUGCUGGGCACAUGAUAGAGGUCCAGCCUUUCCUUCUCUGCCUAUUCCGCUCCCAUUCGUUGUGACAACCCUGGACAGUCGAGAGAUUUCACAGCCAUUAUUUCAGCAUGGAAUUAUUCUUUCUGCUCACAAGGUGCUUCCUUCUGAAUAUUCAUCUGAGGAAGAGUGGGAUUUCAUCCCUACCUGUCCCCAACCCCAUUGGGAGUGGGAUGAGGAAUGUUCAGCUUCUUUCUCCACGUGAUCAGCCUGUGGCUGCCAGAACUUUCCCUCAGGUCCUCUGACUUGGAAGCAAGCUUCUUCUCCUUAAUGUGUCACUGUACCACCUACCCUAACCUUCCCUCUGGUGAGAAAGCCCUGUGCUUGCUCCUGAAUUAUUAGGCAGCUUCAUGGCAAUUAAUUUGCCCUGCGCCUCUUACACAAGCACUAAACCCUCACCAUUGGCGAUUCUCCUGGCUUUGUUAUUCAAGAUUCUGGAUAUUAAAAAUUCUUAGUGCAGUACAAAAUAUUAUUCAAAUAGUAAAACUGUACUUCUUAGUGAAAUGUAAAAUUUCUUAGCACUAAUAUACAGCAAGGGCUCAAUAAGUUGUUGCUAUGAUAUUAAUGAUGUUCUUUAUUUUCAAUGUUCUCUGUAGCUCAGGUCCAAACAAUUUGGCCGAAUAAAGAAAAAUAAUUUUGAAUCUUAUUCUUGCUGAAGACAGUUUAGCUUUGAGGAUCUCCUUUCUGUUUGGGCCACAGUCUCAAACACUUUGCCAAAGUGAAACUCACAAGUAUUCCCCAAAGCGAUGUUGCUCGAAGAGGUGACGUGCGAGGUUUGCUUCUGCGUGGGGAUUCGGAUGGGUCAUGCGGAGGAAUAACUGCAGUAGCUGUAGUCCGACCCCCUUUUCUCCAGGAUUCUAGGAGUUGUGCCCUCCCACUGACCCAUCUCUUGGACAAGCCGGCCAGAGGAGGCUGAGCGGUGUUCUUGUCGAUCUGGUUUCCUCCGGCUACAAGGAGAGCAGGGUGAGGGGAUGUGGGGUGGCGGGGUCCGGGGGAAGGACUGUCGAUGUUCACUCUGUGGAGCGUGGCACCUCGGAAACGGAUGACCAGGGGCUCGGUCGUUGGUACCUCCCUCGGUUUUCCAUUGGGAGUUCCUGCUUUGCUGAGGCUGGAGACAGUCUCCAGGGGCUCAAUCAACUCCUUUCUCCUGCAUCCAGUUCAGGGCAGCAAACUUAACAGCACAGGGCCUACAUGGGCUGUUGGAACAGAGCAGAGAAUGGCUGAAUGUGUGAUGGAUCCCAAAGGAGAAGAGUCUCUACAUUUUGGGUUAGAAGUUCCCCGGGCUCAGCACCUAAGCUUUGUGAGUUUAGAAAAGGCACUAAUUCUUUCUGGUUUCUGGUUGGCUAAUCUGUAAAAAGUAAGGGUGGUGGCCUAGCAGUUAAGGAUCCAGCAUUGUCACUGCUGUGGCUCAGGUCGCUGCUGUGGUUUGGGUUUGAGCCCCCCCCCCCAAAAAAAAGGAGGGAUAAUGCUAAAAACCCUGUCCCCUCACUGACUGUUGUAGGGAUCAAUGGGAGGAUGCUUAAAGGAUAGCUUUAGUGUGGCAGAAAACACUCUCUCCCCUUCUCUGCCUGCUGAUUAUUCUCCGUCUUACCCAGCCGACUUGGGGAAUUUAAUUUCCUUGUUCCACUGGGAGGACAAGACUAACUCACCUCCCCUGGUGCUUUGCUUAGUGGAUUGAGAUUUUUCCCUGUCUUGUAAGCUUGUGCAUACAAGCUGGAAACACAGACCAUCUGUGUUUCAUGCUGAGAUUUGGCAGUUCAGCCUCUUGAUUAUAAAAUGAAAAUAGAAAUCAUUGUCACUUGGAGAAGAGCUUCAUAUAGAAUGCCUCACUUCGUAGGAACUCCCAUGUUGCAUGAAAAUCUCAAGGUCUUUACAAAGGGACAGUUCAGUGGGACACACUGAGUGCAGUGGUAAGUCUGCUAAAUUAACACUCACCUUGCAGUCCAGCCCCUUCCCCCACCAAUCAUAGUUUCUCAAGUCCUGAAUCACAUUUCCAUGUCAUUUACUUUUUAAAGACUGAACUGAGCUGGAAUUCUUGAGGGCACAGGAGCAGAAUGGAAUGGGGGAGGGCAGCAAAUGAAGAAAUAAAUUCUGGCUUCUGGCAGUUCUAAGCGAUGUUGAAACUUCAUACCCGGGUUUUUGAAUCACUCAGCCCUCGCAAGUUAUUUCGCCAGAGGGGUGUGGAUGGGGUGAAGGGAAGAAAAUUCUGACUUAUCCACGAAAUGAAGGGGACAGGAUCAUUGUUGUUUCCUAAGCAGUGGAUUCUUCUGCUUAUUUUAAUAAAUCCAUUUGGAUGUUUGAAAACAAUACUUGGGAUUGUAGGUGCCCCCUACACACACCUCAAAAAUAUUACACUGAAAAGGGAGAUUACAGGAGGGAGAAAUACCAUAAAAAUUCAAGUUUGUAAUUUCAGAACAGAGACUGCACAUGGAGAGUGAAUAGUUGUCUUUAUUCAUUUAAAACUAAGUUAAACAUUUAAAAUGAUGCACAGGCUUACAGGGGAAAAAAAAAGCAACAUUACAAACGGGCUUGUAAUACAAAGAGCUGUGGGAAGAUUCCAUCCCUCCUCAAGUGUUAGUCAAUCCUCCUGCCCCCCUUUUGGGUCUACUGGGCUUUACCGGCAUUAAUAACGAAGCUCCUCUGGCAGUUAAUUAAUUAAUAUGCCUGCGAGGCUAAUUCCAUGUUUAUCAGUUUUUGACAUUGACUUCCUGCUAUAACAGCCAAGCACGUCCUGCGCCCCUCCAUCCACCGUAGUUACAGCCUUAUUUCCAUUUCUUCUGUGGAUUACAAUUGCCUUCUAGAGUACUGGGCAAACACACCCUUCUUGUUUCAUCGCCCAGCCGGGAGGUUUUGACUCCCCACUGCGGAAAGUGUGGAUAUCUGUGUCCGCAGCUUUUCCAGCAGCUACUGGUCUCAGCGAAGGCGGCUAUUUUGGGAUAAGUGUGUGCUGGCGGGGGGGGGGGGGGGGGUGGGGGAGGGGGGAAAGAGGCAGAUGGACGAGAGAUGCGCGUGUUAUGCGGAAAGGUAUCCGUUUUCACAGACUGCUUCCCGCCGUGGUUAAGAUUUUGGACUUUGUCACUUAUACCUACUAGGAAAGAGAAGUAGUGUCCCUAAAGCUUUACUCAAAGAAAAAAAAUAAAUAAAAUCCUGUAAAGGGGCAAACCCUACGCUCGGCGGUCGGUUUCCACGCCCACCCAUCCUCCCCCGCGCGGGUCCGGGUCCCGGGAGGCGUUUGCGAGUCCCUCCCGCGCGGGUGUCUCGGGGCUGAGAAGCGCUGGAAGCCGAAGGCGCCGCGCUCCCCUCGCCUCCGGGAACGCGCGCCGGCUGCUCCUAAUUCAGGGCAGCAUUUCACCGAGACUCUGCAAUGACUUCAACUUAAAAGGCCAUCAGGUGACAAUGCUGUUCCCUCAGACCAGCCCAGACCAGCCACUUGGCUCCCAAGCAGAGUCUGAGCCACAGGCCCCUGGGCUGCUGGGCCCCGAGUGCUGAUUCCUCCCAACUCCAGCCAUCCUGAUAAGACAGUCAUUCUGGAAGCAGCUGAGGAAUUUCAUUUUGGAAAUUACUGGUAUCGACCAAAAUGAUCGAAACUGCUUCCACCAGUUUUUCCGUGAUCCGCCGGACUUCUUCCCAAGGUCAGGUUCCUUCCUCUCGCCAGCUGGGCGUCAUGCAGCCUGUGGUAGCCAAAAGGAUCAGCUUCUAUAAGAGCGGAGACCCGCAAUUCGGCGGGGUCCGGGGUGUGAACCCUCGUUCUUUCAAGACAUUUGAUGCUCUACUGGAUAACUUGUCAGGGAAGGUGCCCCUACCCUUCGGGGUGAGGAACAUCAGCACCCCUCGCGGAAGGCACAGCAUCACGCGUCUGGAGGAGCUGGAGGACGGCCAGUCGUACUUGUGCUCCCACGGCCGGAAGGUGCAGCCUGUGGACCUGGACAAGGCCCGCCGGCCCCCGCGGCCCUGGCUCAGCAGCCGAGCCCUCAGCGCGCACGCGCAUCGAUCCCCCACCGCCCCUGCUUCCGCCAUGCUGCGCGCGCAGCGGCGGCUCGUGGUCUUCAAGAACGGCGACCCCAAGACGAGGCGUGCGGUGGUCCUGAACAAGAGGGUCACGCAGAGCUUCGAGGUAUUUCUGCAGCACCUGUCAGAGGUCAUGCAGCGCCCGGUGACCAAGCUGUACGCCACGGAUGGAAGAAAGGUUCCCAGUAUCCAGGCUGUGAUCCUGAGCUCUGGAGCUGUGGUGGCAGCAGGAAGGGAGCCAUUUAAACCAGGAAAUUAUGACAUCCAAAAGUACUUGCUUCCUGCUAGAUUACCAGGGAUCUCUCAUCGUGUGUACCCCAAGGGAAGUGCUAGGUCAGAAAGCAGAAAAAGUGGUAACUGGAAGGUUUCCAUAAUCACCAGUGACUUGCCAAAUGCAGGGACCAGCUCACAGGUUUAUAUUAUACUCUAUGGACGACUUAGGACUUCAGCUCCCAUAUAUCUGUAUGGAACAGAUGGAGUUCGAUUUCAGGAUGGCCAGGAAGACGUAUUUACUAUCACAGUUGGGGAGCUUGGCACACUCUUUAAGAUUCGUAUUGGUCAUACUAACUCUGGACUUUCCCCCUCCUGGCACUGUAAAGAGAUACGAUUGUGGAACAUGAAAUCUGGAAGACAGUUUUAUAUACCUGUUCAACGAUGGCUGGCACGAGAUCAAGAGGAUGGGGAAAUCUGUCGAGAAUUUCCUGUUUUAAACAAGGGGCAACCCAUCCUUCCAGUGACAGUAUAUGAAGUGCAUGUGGCAACAGGUGAGCUUUGGAAUGCUGGAACAGCAGCAAAUGUCUACAUUUCUGUCUAUGGGGAAAAGGGAGAUACAGGAUCCAGACAGCUGUUUCGAUCAAAGAGUUCCCUCAAUUUUUUAAGGGGACAAACCGACACCUUCUCUCUUGAAGCCGUGCACCUUGGGGGCUUAUACAAGAUUGUCAUAGGACAUGAUGGGCUUGGACCAGGAAAUGGAUGGUUUCUUGAUGAAGUUGUAAUCAAGGAUCCCACAGUGAACCACGAAUAUACCUUUUUCUGCCACAGAUGGCUGGAUCAAGGGGAAGACGAUGGCAACAUUGUCAGAGAGCUGUGUGGCAGGGCUAACAGUAUCACCUCUGCAAGGCAUAAGCUGGAAGUUAAGAGAAAUGAAACAUGGGCUGCAGAAAGCUGGAAGUUUGUGAAAGGAAACACGCUUCAGUUCUACAACAGGCUGACUGGUGGAUUUGUCCGUCUGCAUCCAGAUGGCACAGUUGAUGCAGUUGGAAAGAAGACAGACAAAUAUGGUCUAUUUGAUGUUAUUUUCAAUAAAGGAAAUAUAUGCAUUUUCCAAAGUCAGGAACUACGGCAUCUUUCUCUGGCUCUUGAUGACGAUGGCUCUGUCAUGGGAAUGGCUGGUGGUGGAACCUCCACUGAGAUGAGGGUGCUUUAUCAGCCCAACCGCUGUGCACUUCUGGAGUCAGCUUUGGUUCCCGGACAUGCAGUUAUUUUUGAUCGUCAUGGCAAAGUAACUAGCGAAUCGUCAGCAGGCUACGCAGACCUUUCAAAAGAGUUUGUGGUUUUUGUUAAGGGUGUGUUCCUCCACAGUGCUGUGGUACUACUGGCUACCAGCCUGUGCCAGGCCCUGUGUCUCCAGCCGGAUGGGAGCUGCACUGGCGUGGGCAAACUGUCUGAAAAAUCCUACUGGAGAGUGCAUAAAAUCACUUCUGGGAUUUGCAUGUUUGAAAGCAUGAGAAACGCACGGAUGUUUCUGAGGAUUAAGGAUGGCCGCUGUGACGGAAUAGGUACAGGAGAUACUGACUGUCAUUUCAAAAUUAAGAAGAAUUUGGAAAAUGCAUGUAUAAGCCUGGAAUCUGUGAAGAGCCCAGGGUUGUUUGUUGGACUUCAGCCAGAUGGACAGGCAGAACCAGUUGUUUAUACCAAAAAUGGCAACAUUUUCUUCUAUCCGCAAGUCAUCAAAUUUGGCAGAGAAAACCCGAUGGGAAUGUCUGCAACACCCAGCCAAGAGGAGAAGAUCCUUGAGUCAGAAAGCCAGCAAGAAACGCCACCGGGACCUGAGUCUGGCCUUGCCUUGCUUUCUUCAGCUGCAAAGAAUAACAGCAAAUAGAUGUCUUGCUGACAACCCUCUGAUGCUGUCACAUCAGCCUUGGGGAGAGCUUAGCCUCCUGAGUCCUGUUGCACUGGUCCAGGCCCAGCUUUUCGUUUCCACGCCACAUCAUGAAUCCAGGGAGCAACGUGACACAUCAUACUGCGGGAGAAACAUGUGCUAAACUAGAUUUUUUUCACAGAGGAGAAGUUAAUCUCAUGUCAGGAAGUAAUGGCAUCUAAAUCUGGGGUGGCCACCUCAAGUAACAUUUUCCUUGGUUGAAAAUAGCAUGCCAGCUGAAACUUCUAGGAAUAUUUUUGUAGGAGUAGCAAAAUGCUUAAAGAGAAAAAUCUUCCACAUAUUUUAAGAAAAUUUCUAAUUUGGUUAAAUUUUGUCCUAGCAAAAACAUUAAAAAAUGUUACCAUUACUAAAAAUAUUUUUUAAGGUUAAAGUGCACAACAUAUUGACGCAUUUAUGUAUUGCAGGAUGAUUGCUGUUGUAGCGCUAGCUAGCAGCUCUAUCACAUCAUAUAUUUAUUUCUUCUUCAUGAUGGGAAUAAUUAAGAGCUAGUCCCUUAGUAAGUUUGAUUAUAAUAUAAUAUAAUUGUCUAUAAUCACUAUGCAUUACAUCAGGUCUUAUUUGCAAGUUGGCACCAUAAACAUCUCUCCUAUUUCUCCCCCUUACACACCUACCUUUGUCCUUAGUAACCACCAUUUUACUUUCUGUUUUCACAAAUUCAGCUUUUGUUAGGUUCUACACAACAAGUGAUAUCAUAUUUGUCUCUGUCUGAGCUAUCUUUCUCAGCAUAAUGUCCUUGAGUUCCAUCCAUGUUGUUGCAAGUAGCAGGAUUGCCUUUUUUUCUCAUGGGUGAAUAAUGUUAUCUAUAUCUAUAUAUCAUUUUCUUUCUCCAUUCAUCUGUUUAGAGGCACUUAGGUUUUUUCUGCAUGUUGGUUACUGUGAAUAAUGCUGCAGGAAAUACAGGAGCACAGAUAGCUCCUUGACAUCCUGUUUUUCAUCUCAUCCUCAGAAGAGGAAUUGCUGGAUCAAAUGGUAGCUCUGUUUUUAACCUUUGGAGGACCCUCCAUACUGUUUUCUAUAGUAGCUGCACCAGCUUACAUUCCCACCAGCAGCACACAGGGUCCCCUUUUCUCUAUAGCCUCACCAACACGUGCUGUUUCUUGUCUUUUGGAUAAUAGUCAUUCUAACCGAUGUGAGGUGAUAUCUCAUUGUGGUUUUAUCUUGCAGUUUCCUGCUGAUUAGUGAUGUGGAACGUCUUUGCAUGUGACUGUUGGCUAUUUGGAUGUAUUCUUUGGAAAAUGUCUAUUUAGUUCUUUUAUCCUUUUUAAAAUUGAUUUUUUUGUUAUUGAGUUGUUCUUUAUAUGUUUUGGAUAUUAAUCCCUUGUCUGAUAUGAUUGUUAAUUUUUUUAGGAUUGGAAAGUAUAAGUUUUAUAUUGAAGCAGGGAAGACCAAGUAAUUUUCAAAAAUAAUAAAAUUAGGCAUCAUGAUAAAUAUACACCUUUCAAAUAAUCCUUUCAUUUAAUAAAUCAUCAAAUAUGUGUUUUACGUCUACUAAAUGUCAGCUGUGAGGAAACACAGUGAUGGGCACAGCAGACUUGAUCUCUGACCUCUAGAAGUUUAGUCUGGUGAACCAGAUAAGCAUUAAACAUGUACACAAAAAUAUAAGGUUAAAAAUGGACAAUUGAGACGAAGAAACUAUCUAGGGCAGGCUAGACACAAAAUACAAUUUAAAUCAUUAAUUCAUUGCACAAAGUCUCAUAAGGUCUUUAUUCUAGUUAAUGACAAUGCAGUAGAAGUGGAGCGUGUGCCAGAAAUUGAAAAAAGAGGCUGAGCUUAGUCUACGAAGCCAUUCAAAGCAUUGACAUGGUGCAGGCUUUGGAUUUGGACAUAAAAUCCUGGAAGUUCGGAUGAUAGAGUUCUCCUGUACAAAUGCCAUCCUCGAAACGCCCUUGACUUGCUGCAACUCUGCCUUCUCUGGUUGUGGUAGAAAUGCUUUAUCAGCAUUCAUGACUUAAGUGGGGAAAGUGCCUUUACCUGUGACCAAGACCUGAAAGACUCUCACUCAUUACUGAGGAAUUAGGUCAUGACUCUCGUUGUCUUCUUUCCACCUCUAUCAAAUAGUAGUUAAAAGGCAUUUCUCACAAGAAGUACCUUCUUCUUGGUUUUGUAAUUUAGCUGUCAUGCUAGAUAGAUUUGGGUUAUAUCAGCCAUUCAUGUUAAAAUAAUGUUCAUUGAAAAAUACUUCAGAAAACUUACUCAUGCUUUCAAAGACAUCAGAACAACUGUCAGUUUCCGAAGAAUAAGAUUGUCAUCGUGCCUUCAGGUUGAGGCAUGAUGUUCAUCCUCAGGGCGUUGGGUGUUAACGAGGAAACAAACCUGUCCUCCAAAUACUCAUUUAUCAAAAAUGGAAAGUGGAACUUUCCUCAUCUACAUCAAAGGGAGACAAACGGAGUUACCAGAAGAAAUCAGCCCUUCCUGAAGCCUCGAGACCCCCGUCAGGAGAUGAAUGGGAGGUGUUGGUGCUGACGGGCGACACAGGGACUUGAGCCAGUGUCACCCUCUGGGUGUACUGAGAUGAGGGAGUCGCUGGACCAGUUGGUCUCAUCAAGGACUGCCCCAAGCAACUCUUCCUUCCAGGACAGGAGGAUACCUUUCAGGUUGAAAUAAGAAGCGUUGGAAAGAUGUGUAAGAUCAGGAUAGGACAUGCUGGGACCGAGUAGAGCUUACAGAGGAACCUUGCAGAUUCUUCCUCAAAUGGUGGAAGCUUCCUGGGGAGGCCUUUAGACCCUUCAGCUGAGGGCACAGCAGCCACGCUCCGUGACAUCUCUGCCAUGCACUGGAGGCCACAAAAGGCGGGUCAUUUCUGAGCUACAAAGUCAAGUGCAGGAACCCCUGGAACAGAAGGCACAGAAUAAGAAGGAGAUUGGAAGGUUACUGUCGUCACUGGGGAUCUUGAAAAUGCUGGCACCACGGCAACAGUGUCCCUUUACGACUAUGGAGAAACAAGAUGUGCGGGUCCUAUUAUUUUGGGCUCUGGGAAACACCAACUGUUUAACGCCAACAGUGCAGAUACCUUCAAG